AUGAUAUCAAGACGGGCGAUCAACUUCGACAUCGCGGACGAGGAGGACUACGUCGAAGAGAUAAGAGACGAGUCGCUCAAGACUGGGGAGCAGGCACCUGCGUACCAGCGGGUUUAUCCUAACGGGUCCAUCGAGAGCAACGACUUCGAGCAGAGGUCCGAGAAGAGCGCGUCGAUGAGCGAGAAGUCUGUGGAGUAUGAAGGAGAGAAGGCGAUGGAUGGCAAGGACAAGAGCAAGGGGAGCCGACCAGAAGAGGAGGAGGAGCCUGCGAGAGAGAUGAAGAAGGCGAGGGACAUGGACUCGCUGCAUGACGAGACGCCUCGGGCGGCCGCGCACUUGACCCAGCAUGAAGGGGUCCAUGCGUCGCUCGAGACCGGCUGGGGAGGCGAUGAGAGCGUGACGAGCACGAGGAGGAUACACAGCAUGGUGGAGGCGAGGGACUACAACAGGAGGGUGAAGCUGCAGAUACAGAAGGAGCGAGCGGAGGAAGCCCUGCAUGUGACGGCAGUCAAGAUUCAAUCCAUGUGGCGAAUGUUCUCGUGCUACAAGAGCUUGCUGCUGGCCAAGGUGAGGAAGCGGCGGGAAGAGAAGCGCGCACGAGCUUGCACCAUGAUACAGAAGGUCUUCCGCGGGCAUCAGGCGCGCAACAACGUCGGGCUGGGGGUCAUCAUCGAGUUCAGGAAGAAGCAAAACAGUGCUGCUGCCCUCGUGCAGUCCGUGUUCCGUGGGCACGUUGCAAGGAUGUACGCUGACGUCCUCCGGCAGCGUCGAGACUCGGACCUGGACCUUGCUCGGUCCAAGAGGGCGCAGGCGCUCAUUCGAGGGGCAAGGACGAGGAGCCGCGUGUGGAUGGUGUGGAACUUCCUGCGGCACAAGGUGAGCACGAUCGAGAGGUUCUGCAAGCAGCGGUUCCAGCCAUGGCAGCGCGAGCAGGUGGAGCUGCUGAACGACAACCUGAACAAGGUGGUGAGGAUACAGGCGCUGGCGAGGAGGUACCUGGCGUACAAGAGGGCAAGGGAGAUGAGGAGCGCAAAGAGACACUUCCUUGCUGUGGGGCAGGGGAUGGUGUUGUUCUUGGUCAUGAUGACCCUCCUCCUCUCCUUCACCAUCAACGAGCGAUCCAACGGAGCCUUCAGUGACUUCUCCUCGGCCCUCGUCCGCAGCUUCACCGGUAGCUCCCCCCAGCAGCUCAGCCUUCCUCUUGCUGCAGUCCGCAACCCCGCGGGGCUGUGGAGGUGGUUGAACAGAACCCUCCUGGUCUGCAGCUUCCUGGAACGAACUCGGUCGUGUGACGUCCAAGUCAGGAACGAGAGGAACUGCACAAGCAGCCUGAGCUUCGAGCACGCGAUCCCAGCCAUCAUCGUGUCCUCCGUGGCUGCGGGGCAGAAGCGAUCCAAACGUUACCGACAUGGCACCUGGCCGCUGUCAGGCAACACGACGGCCAUGGUGAGCAGCUCGCCGUACAGCGCAAGCAACAGCGACAAGUCAAAGUACGGGAGCGUAUACCUCCCCUUCCAGUUCGACCCUGCCGCCUCCUUCGGGGCCUUACAAGGCUUUUUGUCACAGUACCAUAGCGGCUUCUUCCAGCUCGACGAUCCUCUCCUGGGCAACUCGUCAUUCCUUGACUGCGGAGUGCCGCUCGUUGGAGGGAUCUGCCGCUACCAGACGGGGAGGUGGCUGGACUCCAGCACACGAGCUCUCGUCCUCGGCUUCGCCGUGGCGAGCCCCAGCAUGAACGCGCUGAUGACCGUGCGGCUCCUGGUGGAGAUGGACGUAGGAGGAGGCAUCAUGCCCUCCCUUCAUACCUCAUCCAGCCGCCUGCAGGUCUAUGGAGGCAGCCCGAAGCCCUGGGACGGAGCGUGGGACGUGGGGGUGAGGAUAUUCCCGGAGAUCUUGUUCCUGCUCUUUGGAGCAUGUUACGUUGUCUCCAUCCUCCUCCGCUCCUGCUUCUUCAUCUCCUUCAGGCCCGGGUCUUUCUUCUCCAUCGACAAGUUGGAGAUCCGCCGCCCCAGGGAUUCGCUGAGGAUCUUGAGCUUGCAGCCGUUGAAGAGCCUCGACAACUUCCUCACGUUCCUCCUCUUCCUUGCAACAUUCCUCUGGCUGCUGCUGCAACUCGCCGCUCAGGUCAUGAGCUCGCAGAUCGUUGCCGGGACGCGGAGCUGGUCGACCAGCACUGUUGUUGGAGUGGCAGACUUUGCCUUCGCCCAGGGUCUUGUGAACCUUCACGGCUGGGGAGAUGCAAUGAUCGCCAUAGUCGCUAUGCUCAUGUGGCACAGGCUUCUCUUCUCCUACAUCUCCACCAUCCGACGGUUCCGCACCAGCAUCCUCUCUGUCCGCCGCCUUGUCGUCCCUCUCGCUGCUCUGCUGAUCACUGGCGGGGCCAUGACCCUGGGACUGGCACACGUCGCGCACUUGUCCUUCGGUCGCAACAUUAAGGGAUUCGAGACCAUCGACUCCUGCUUGCUCCGCUUGGUGCAGACGCUGGUGGCUGUGAUGGAGGAGGACGAGCCCGGCAGGAUGCCUGCUGCGGUCGGAGGAUACGGCAGGACCAGCAGUCUGGCACAGGGACAGAGCGGAGUCUUCAUGGCCGUCGUCUUCCUGCUUGCCCUCUGCUUCCUUGGAGUGACCUGCGCCGUCGUCAUCGUUGCGUACACGGAGGAAGAGGAGAUGACGACGGGGAUACUGAACCGUCCUUGGCUCUAUGAGGGCACGAUCCGCACAGCCAUCUACUCCGACUGGGAGCUUCCUCCUCUGAGUGAAGUGAGGCAUGCGGUGGUGGAGGCCUUCAGGAGCAGAGUGGAGGAGCAAGUGCAGCUGAAGAAGGCGGCGAUCCAAGCUCGCGUCCUCUCGCACAUCCGAGCAGAUUCGCUGCGAGUGGCGGACGUGAACUCGUUCAAGUGGGCUCUGGAGGUCGACAAGACAAAGGAUCUUGAUCGCAAGACCGCCAAGGUCGGCGGUCACCUUCACCUCCUGAGUGCUGACGACUACCAAUGGCAGUAUUUGAUGAAAACCUCAAGAGUUCUGGCGCAUCAGACAAGAGAUUACGACAGACGCAUCAAUCAGAUGGAGUCUCUCUUCUUGCUGACCAGCUUUCGCCUCCACGAGCUGAUUGAGCACUUCGUCAAGCUUGACUUUCCUCGUCGCAGAUUUCAUUGGCCGCAGGCAAGGUUGUCAAGUGAUGAGAUAGACAAAGCCAAACGUUUGUUACAAAGGCAAACAGAAGAAAAAGGAAAGAAGAUGAUUAAAAUUCCAUCAAAGAUGCUAGGCGCUAUUGAAAAACAAUGUGAUACUUUGAAGAAGGUCAUGCACGAAAUAAAUGGGAUGGUAAAAGAUACAAACUCAGAAGAAACAGAAACCCCGAGGUCUGAUGCAGUAGGAUAA